GUUAACGACAGAAUUGUCAGAUCAUGACGAUGGAAUCAAAGGCGGCAGGCCAGCCAGAAAUCAUGGCGUCAUUGCUCCGGCAAGUUGACGGAAUUCUCGGAAACAAGUACCGUAAACCCGGACCACUCACCUUCCACGUGUCUUUAACGACGCCGUCAAACUUCAAUGCCCAACGCCUCUGUUUUUUCCGUCAAGCCGAUAAAUUUCAAUUCAAAACAAAAUUUUUAAAAAAUAAAUAAAUAAAAAAGAAAGUCCGCUCCUCAGUCCUCACCACAACAAAGUCGGGUCGUCAUUCAUUUCCGCCGGUCAACCCAAACCCUAGUUUUCUCCACCCUCUCUACCAAUCCCUCUUUGCUUCGCCUUUUCCUAAUCGCUCUCAUUCUCUCUGCCUCGUUAGAGAGAGAAUCAGAUUUCAGAUCGGCGUUGAUUUUCCGAUCUCCGGCGCGGAUUGAUGGAGGACAACGAGGAGAUGCGGUCUCGGGAUUCGUCGGCGUCUCCGGCGUCGCCGAGAUCGGACGGGAGGAUAGCGGUGACGGUAGCUGUGUCGGCGCCGCCGCAGGGCGGCAGCAAGGCGUUGGCCGUGGCUUUACCCGUGCAGCAGCAGAGUAAAGCGGCGGGCGGCGGCAGGGAGGAUUGCUGGAGCGAGAGUGCUACGGCGGUGCUAAUUGAUGCGUGGGGGGAGCGGUAUCUGGAGCUGAGCAGGGGGAAUUUGAAGCAGAAGCACUGGAAAGACAUUGCGGAGAUUGUGAACGGGCGGGGGGAGGAUUUUACGAAAAUCCCUAAAUCUGAUAUUCAGUGUAAGAAUCGGAUCGACACCGUGAAGAAGAAAUUCAAGCUGGAGAAGGCGAAGAUUUCGGCUGGGCAUGGGCCAAGCAAGUGGGCUUUCUUUGACAAGAUGGACUGGUUGAUCGGUCCCGCCGCCGCUAAGAUCGCCGGAAGUGCCGAACCUCCGGCGAACCACAAGGUGCCCAUGGGGAUCCCCAUGGGAGCUAGGUCAGCUCCCCCUCUCCGCCAACACCAACCUUCCCCGCCGCCACAAAAGCCAAAACACGCUUUCGACAGAAAACCUCCGGCGGCGUAUUCCGACUCCUCCGACUCAGAAACUGAGGGCUCAGCCGAUAGCUUCCCCCCAGCCCCCAACGACAGAAAGCGGCCGAGGAUUGACCGGCGGGAAUUCAUGAAUUCCAGUUUCGUCAAGCCUGAAAUUCAGGGAUCAAUUGGAAUUGGAACUGGAAUUGGAAACGAGAAACAUCAAAAUUGGGGGAAAUCAAUGGGGGAAUUGAGUGAAGCGAUCUUGAAAUUCGGGGAAGCAUACGAGCGCACGGAGAGCGCGAGGAUACAGCAGAUGGUGGAGAUGGAGAAACAGAGGAUGAAGUUCGCCAAAGAAAUGGAGUUGCAGAGAAUGCAGUUCUUCAUGAAAACCCAGAUGGAUCUCUCGAUGCUUCAAACCCGGAGCCGCCCAAUAAAGAAGUCUAACAAAAACACCGCCAAGAACACCAACAUCUCCACCGGUAACAUUAACUAGGAAUCCAAAGACUAAUGUUAAUUCUCAGAAUUGUGUAGGAGCGUUAACUAAUUUGGUAAUGUUGAAUUAAUGCUCAAUAUUCAUGUUGUAAACUUGGCAUUAACAUGUUCAAUGCAAAGUCGUUAUUCAGCAUCGCAUUGCUUCAA